UAAAUAGUGGCAGUUGGUGGCAGAGCGAUUGCUCGGACGCACGAGGCACCGAUGUCCCCUUUCUGUUCCGAAUCAAACUCGAUCGCGUCUUUGCACGAUGUCCGAUUGCCCUGAAUAACGAGAAAAAGUGCGGUGAAAACGUAACUGUCCUGCGGUUUAUUAUUGCGAGGAAGAUGUUGGAGAAUACCAGAAGAACUUUGGGAGCAAAAAUGGCUCGUUGCGACAAAACCGAUUGCAACGAGUACACGAAACGGAGGCUUCCAAUUUUAUCCUGGUUGACGAGUUACAAGCUCGCUUGGUUGCCACAGGACGCGUUGGCCGGCUUCACGGUCGGCCUCACAGCCAUUCCUCAGGGCAUCGCUUACGGCGUCGUCGCCGGAUUAAGUCCAGAGUAUGGGCUGUACUCUUCUUUCAUGGCGUCCUUCGUGUAUAUUGUUUUUGGUUCCUGCACCAGCAUCACCAUCGGACCCACCGCCAUCAUGGCAACGAUGACACAGUCUUUGGUAUUGAAAUACGGCUCUGAUAUAGCAGUGUUGCUUACGUUUCUGAAAGGCUGUAUCAUCACCUCGUUGGGUCUUCUUCACUUGGGUUUUCUGCUGAAUUUCAUUUCGUUACCCGUAAUCACCGGCUUCACCGUUGCCGCGUCCAUUAACAUCGCCGCUUCCCAGUUCAAAGCGCUGUUGGGGAUUCCGGGUAGAAGCGACGAUUUCAUGGAUUCCUUGAUCUCGGUGUUUAGCAAUCUGAACGAGAUCCGAUAUCAGGACACCUUGUUGGGAAUCGCGACGAUAGCGAUGUUGGUGUUGUUCAAGAAUUUACCCGGAAAACGAACUGGUAACUGGAUGCAAAAAGCCGCGUGGACCGUUACCCUCGCGCGUAACGCUUUAGUGGUCAUCGCAGGGACUGUGAUGGCAUACGUGUUCUUCAUUAACAAUCAGACACCUUUUGUGUUGACAGGAACGAUGGGGGAGGGCUUGCCACCAUUUGGACCACCGCCAUUUAUUAUCGCCGCCAACAAUAGGACGUACGAUUUGCUUGAAACGGUCACUGCUAUGGGCCCAACGUUGGCUUUCGUUCCAAUCGUAUCAGCCAUCGAGCACAUGGCUAUAGCAAAAGCUUUCGCAAAGGGUAAAUCUUUGGACGCGACACAAGAGAUGUUCGCUUUGGGGCUGUGCAACAUGUUCGGCUCUUUCGUUCGAUCGAUGCCGGUCACAGGUUCUUUCACUCGAACCGCAGUCAAUUAUUCGUCCGGGGUAAAAACGACUUUUGGAGGUCUAUUUACGGGUGGUCUAGUGUUGCUCGCAGCCGGCUUAUUGACAUCAACAUUUCGUUUCAUUCCAAAAGCCACUUUGGCCGGGGUCGUUAUAUGCGCCAUGUACUACAUGCUCGACUUCAAGGCGUACCAUGAAUUGUUCAAUGCCAGAAAAUUGGACUUUGCCUUGAUGAUGGUUACUCUGUUGUUUUCCGUUUUCCUAAAACUAGAAUGGGGCAUCAUUAUCGGUAUAAUUCUGAAUCUAAUCAUACUCUUGUAUUUUUCAACACGAUCUACCGUGCAGACUGAAACGCAACAGCUAGGGGAUAAAAUUGUGAUGCGCAUUAUACCUGAGGAAACUAUUACAUUUCCGGCGGCGGAGAACUUCCGAGCCCAUAUAAUGGAACUUUCGGAGGGCAAGUUGUCCAACGUUGUGCUCGACUGUCAGAAUUUGAAGAUGAUCGACGUAACUGUAGCAAACAAUCUGAAACUGUUGGCCAACGAUCUGCGACUUCGCGGGCAAACGAUUCGUUGCGUAAAUUGUCGCGACAACGUGCAAGCUGUAUUGAAGGCUAUCGCUCCGGACCUCCAAUGCGGAUCGUCGAAUGACGAAAAUCUAUAUCAAUAAGCCAUCUCGAUAAUUUGACCUCGCUUUCAACAUGUGUUCCAUUUCAGACUAUCAAAGCUCAUAACACCGUUUAUUGUAAAGCAACGAUUGCGUAAUACCAGCUACCUCUUACUCCUUCCAUAACAACGAGUUAUUAUAGGUAUGAAUAAAUAAAUAAUUGUAAUUUAUUUUACAA